CRGAACGCUAAAAUUACACCAGGAGCAACACUCCUUCAUAUUUACCAAACUAUUUGCAAGCAAGGGGAUAAUCCUAAUUUCUCUCAUCCGUGGAGCAAUCUUCCCCGCUACUUAAUACUAUGACUACGGCUGCAAGGACGACUGCGAAGUCGUCCUCGCCAGGGCCAGCGCCGUCGUUGUGGACGGCCCUGGUUCGUUCUCCGUUGCUUCCACACGCAACCUUUUGGGGAGCAGGACUCGCGGUUAGGGUUUCCUUUCCUGCCGCGUUGAARUGGUUGGCGUACGACAGCAUAUCGACACACCUGCUGACCGUUUCGUAUCCCCUUUGCGCUACGGUAUCCUUGAUCCAUCGCGACCUCCAGCAGCGGCAUAAGCAGCACCAAGCCAACAACGACCACGAUCCAGCAAACGUCAGAGCGAACUCCUUGCUCCAGGUUGAACGACAGUACUGGAUCGAGUACUGGAGUGUAGGAUUUGCAGGCGUGCAAUUUCUGCAGCAAGCCCUCGAGUUGUUUCCCUCCUUGCAUCGUGCGGGACUUCAGGAGUACYCAAACUUGCCGGUGCUUUUGGCUCAACUGAAACUGAUGUUCUUUGUAUGGAUAUUUUGCAUGCAGAGCGUUUUGGCGGGGCACCAGAGAUUCCUAGGCGGACAACAACAAAACGAGAAAUGGAAGAAAUUCGUCCCACUAACUUUUCUUACCAAAGCCAUCGGGCCCAAGCUGAUGGGGUUGCAAAUGGCUAUCUCCGAACGAAUAUCCAAGGAAACAUGGCAGCGGUUGAUUCACAGCAAAGUGCAGCGUGUCCUCGAAGUCUUGGUCAUGCUGCAAUUCUUGAAGGAGACCUCGAGGGAUUAUCUGUUGCAACUUUUGGAAGAAGGAAGAUCUUUGUUGCUUCUCUCCGUUUUUGCCGUGUUGCCCUCAUCGGUCACCCAGGUGGGGAUUUUGUAUGYCAAAUACGUUUUCCCCGCUGCCCGUUCRCUGGUAGCACGGGGCGAUGAUCUCGAGGUACUGAGUUUGAAAUAUUGGGUCUUGAACAACCUUUUUUCCCUGUCAUUAUCGUUCACUUGGUGGCUUUGGUGGUGUGUGCCGUUUUCGACCCAAGUUUUGCUCGGGUUGUGGUGCUUCGCAACCUUUCCAUCGACGAUUACUUAUUAUUAUUCKUUGAUUGAAAUGGARCUCAUCACAUUUGGCAUCCUUUCCGGCGAACCAAAGUUGUCCGUCAAUAAGACAAUGACUGUUCAAGCGCUGAGGCAUUUUGUCAAGCGAUUGCCGCGAGACAAGCAGGCGCAAAGCUUCCAGUUUGAGAUCGACGAUGAUUCGAUCAAUCAAAAGAGCAGURGUGAUAAUGGCGAUGACAGYAGCAUUGGCAGCCAGGAUACGACAGAUUCCGAAAGAGAGAGAAGAAGACAAAGACGUCGCGAAAGGAGAGCYAGGAGGAAACGGGAAGCAGAAUCYAAAUCAAAGAAGGCCACGCCGCCACCUCCUCUCCUGUCGGAGGACUGCAUCACGCAAUAUGCAAAUGAUGAACAAAAAGAUGAUGGAAAGUACAGCUCRUUUGUCAACGAAAAAAGGCAGAGCGAGAGCGACGAAAGAAAUCAGUACAGACAUUGCAGUACCGWAACUGAAGAGAGAGACACAAGAAACGCUACYCAACUGCAACCYCAACAAGUGGAGAUUAGGCAUCCCACGUCGAUGGUGUCGCUUGUGGAUGUUGAUUACGAUCACUCCUUMUCUCGUCCAAACAAAGUAGAGGAAGAAAUGUCAUCUGAUUCUCUGGCUUCCAUGUCGGAUGAUAUCAAURAUUUGAUACCGGCACCGACUCUAUCAAUGAACAACGAAAUGGAGGAUARCGMUAUGGUCUCCAUUCAAGCUGAUGRUUUUGAUGAUAAGGAUGGCGAUGAUAGCGACAGAGCCCUACUUCCGUCCUUGACAAUAGGCUCUAAUUAUUCUGCUUCGCAGGUACACACUGAUGCAAAAUCAAUGGGCCUCAAUAUUGCAACGCCAACUGAAAAUGUUACCGGGGAGGUAGAAGUUCAGAUGAGGACGACACGGGGGCAAGCGAGAUCGACUACAACGAGCACGAGACCAACAAGCUCUAUUUUCCCAGCGACUUAUCCAAGGUCAUCGUCAAGAAAUAGCCUACYACURCUGCCAUCGGCUUCUAUAGAGAGGAGUUUUAGUCUAGUGAAUUCGAUGUCCAUCCCGGAAGAYAAGCUUGCGCCAAAACCAGAAACAAAAUCAAAAGCUCACUCCUCCKAUAACAAUGACGACGGUGAUUGUAAUGACGGCUUGAAUAUUUCUGAUGUUGACAGUACGUCAUCUAGCCUGGUUGACGAUACAGAGUCAUUUGAAAUAUCAAAUCCAUUGGAUGGUAAUGAGAAGCAAUCAUCCAAAGCAAUYAAGCAGGAUUAUGUAUGYAAAAAGAASCCAACCAAGACUGUAGACGUAGAUGAAGGUGUUUCUACACYCCCGCGUCGAUCGUCGCGUUUAGAAAAACUUCGCGAAUGGCAAGAAGAGAAGAAAAAGAUGAGUCCUUCGAAAGCYUCCAAAAGAUUGGAAGYAAAUGGCGGAAGCAAGCCAUCGAAAAAAACGUCAUCUUCGACCGCCGAGAAGAAAGGAAAAAAACCGAAAACGCAUUCGAGUUCUUCCCCGGAAAAGAAGAAAAAAUCCAAAGAUAAAUGCCCKUCCAAAUCUGUUAGAGGAUCGGAAGCAACCAAUGGAGUCAAUGGCAAUUCAAGUAGGAGAUCUACAUCAAAAGCGUCAUCUUCGGAGAGAACAAGUGUCUUUGAYAAACCGACGGCCGCUUCACUGASCCGACGAGUUGAGAAGAAGUCCACGAAAACUCCUCGUGACAAAAGUCGCACGCGUGCCACCACAACAUCCACUGCCAARGCAGCAUCCCCUGGAAAGACUACUAGAAGUAGCAAAAGUAAGGGCGAGGCGCCAAUUCCAGAAUGUACGGAAGUAGGCCGAGAUAAAAACAAUUCAUUUGAUUCUCCUAAUCAGAAAGCAGCUGGAGGAAAACCACGAAAGAUUCCUAACAGCAGACGAAAGAAAAAAGAUAUUUCUUCAGUCUUUGGUGGUGUAUUGAGUCGAAAGUAGGGAUCAAUACGCAAUCAAGCCAUGUUCAUCAAAUUUUAAAAGAAUACAGCAACUAUGCUGUACCAUGGAUUGUUUUAUCGAGUGGCAAACCACAAAAUUGUCCCUUAUGUACUAUACUGUUCAAAAUAAAUAUGCACUUSCACA